CACUUAAGCAACCAUGACCGAACGAGGGGGCGACAAGGUGGGUUCCGCAGAACAACUUGUUUAUAACAGAAAAGAGGGAAGUUUGUGCUUCCUUGUAAGCAAGCUGCAAUCCAGUGCACGGAUAAACAUCGUUGACGUCGAAGCAAAGUUUCAGUUGCUGGCUCUGCGGCAAGUGACAGUAUGAUUUCUCGCAUACUUGUUUUACUCUACUUGUUCGUCGUGCAUUGUUUUACCUGUGGAUGUUCUGCUGUUGGACUUGCGGCUAACCCCUCGGCAACAUUGCUUGUUAAUGCUUCUGCGGGCCGGCUUAUGCCUAACACGCUUUUUGGAAUAUUCUUUGAGGAAAUAAACCAUGCUGGAGCUGGUGGGCUAUGGGGAGAGCUUGUGAAUAACCGGGGUUUUGAAGCUGGAGGCCCUAACACUCCCUCAAAUAUUGAUCCUUGGUCUAUAAUUGGUGAUGAGUCAUCUCUAGUUGUAUCUACCGAUCGUUCUUCUUGCUUUGAGCGUAACAAGAUCGCACUUCGAAUGGAGGUCCUUUGUGACAACACAGGCAGCAAUAUUUGCCCAGCUGGUGGAGUUGGUAUAUACAACCCUGGAUUUUGGGGCAUGAAUAUUGAAGAGGGGAAGACCUAUAAAGUGGCUCUUUAUGUUCGUUCACUGGGAUCAAUCAAUAUAUCUGUGUCACUGAAGAGCUCGAAUGGUUUGCAGACUUUGGCUACUGCCAAUAUUAUAGCCUCUGCUUCUGAUGUUGUCAACUGGACAAAGGCAGAGGUUUCACUGGAAGCCCAAGGAACAAAUCAAAAUUCAAGACUUCAAUUGACAGCAAACCAAAAAGGUGUGAUAUGGUUUGACCAAGUGUCGGCUAUGCCCUUAGAGACAUACAAGGGUCAUGGCUUCCGAAAGGAGCUUGUUGAAAUGCUUGCAGAUAUAAAACCUCGGUUCAUCAGAUUUCCAGGUGGCUGUUUUGUUGAAGGUGAAUGGUUAAGAAAUGCAUUUCGCUGGAAGGAAACAAUUGGACCAUGGGAGGAGAGACCUGGGCAUUUUGGUGAUGUUUGGAAAUAUUGGACUGAUGAUGGACUUGGUCAUUUUGAGUUGCUUCAACUAGCAGAAGACCUUGGUGCAUUGCCGAUAUGGGUGUUCAAUAAUGGGAUCAGCCAUAACGAUGAAGUUGAUACGUCCAGCAUUUUACCUUUUGUACAAGAAGCUCUUGAUGGUAUUGAGUUUGCUAGAGGCGAUUCUGGUUCUAAGUGGGGUUCUGUUCGAGCUGCAAUGGGACAUCCAGAACCUUUUGACUUGAGAUAUGUUGCUGUUGGAAAUGAGGAUUGUGGAAAGAAAAAUUACCGAGGAAAUUAUCUGAAGUUUUACGAUGCUAUAAAACGUGUCUAUCCUGACAUCAAAAUAAUCUCAAACUGUGAUGGAUCUUCUCGUUCUUUGGAUCACCCUGCUGAUUACUACGACUUUCAUGUCUAUACAUCUGCCAACAAUUUGUUUUCUAUGGCACAUCAAUUUGAUCGAACAUCACGCAAUGGUCCCAAGGCAUUUGUUAGUGAGUAUGCUGUGACUGGAAGAGAUGCUGGCACAGGAAGUCUUUUAGCUGCACUUGCUGAAGCUGCAUUCCUCAUUGGGCUGGAGAAAAACAGUGAUGUUGUUGAGAUGGCAAGCUAUGCACCACUUUUUGUGCAUGUCAAUGACAGACGGUGGAACCCAGAUGCCAUUGUGUUCAACUCUGCACAGCAAUAUGGAACUCCUAGCUAUUGGGUGCAGCGUUUCUUUAUGGAUUCAAGUGGAGCAACACUUCUCAAUGCUACCCUUCAAACAAAUUCAUCUGCACUCAUUGCUUCUGCAAUUAUUUGGCAGAACUCAGUGGAUAAUGAAAAUUACCUUAAGAUAAAGAUUGUGAACUUUGGGAGCAGUGCAGUGAGUCUCAGAAUUUCUGUUGACGGAUUGGGGCUCAAUUCCAUACAACAGUCUGGAUCAACAAUGACUGUACUGACUUCUGCUAAUCCAAUGGAUGAGAAUUCCUUCAAGGAGCCAAAGAAGGUGGUGCCUAUCCAGAGCCGGUUCGACAAUGCUGGAAAGGAGAUGAAUGUUGCACUUUCGCCAUUGUCAUUAACUUCAUUUGACCUGUUAACAGAAUCAAACAAUAUCAGGAUAACUGGAACUGAUUCUUUCUCCAUAUCUUCUAUUUAAAGACAAAUAUUUGAAGUGUUAUCAUAUGAAAAAGAAAAGUUAAAAUAAGUUAAAAUAUGUAGGCCCUUUAGUUGGCCUACAUAAGAAUGUAAAUAUAAUAUGUGUACUCUGCUGCUUUGCAUUCUCAGACAUCUAUACACUUGCGUUCUCUUUACUAUGA